CAUAUGCAGCCGAGGCCGGGCCGGUCUCGUUUUGAUUUUUCCUCUUAUUACAAUGCGUGGCCAAGCUGCGGUGGCCUUGGCGGCCAAGGAAGCGGCCAUGGACGUCGAGGGCACUGCUCGCGCAACAAGGCAGAGGCCGGCGACAUCUUGGUCGUCGUGGCAUGGCGGCGCCGACGUGGAGGCCGCGAAGAGGCUGCGGCGGCUCCGGAGCUGCGCGAGGAGCGCCGUGCCGACCGUCUGCGUGGCGGCGACCGUGCUCGCCGUGGUCGUGCUCUGCAACGCCGGCGCCGGGGGCAGCUCGCCGAACAACAUGAGUAGUCCCAGCAGUAGCUGGUCGUUCUUCCAAGAUCCACCACCGUCAAACCUCACCGCGAGCCAGCUCCUGGACGGCCUGCUCACGGCGGACUUCGGCCACCGGUCAUGCCAGAGCCGCUACGAGUUCUCCAGCUACUACGCCAACAAGACCAACAACGCCACAUCGCACUCGCGCCCGCACCACAAGCCAUCCCCGUACCUCCUCGCCAAGCUCCGGACGCACGAGGCGAUCCAGAGGCGCUGCGGCCAGGGCACGGCCCCAUACGCCGCGGCGAUCCAGCAGCUCAAGUCCGGCAAUGGCGUCGCGUCCACGGACACGGAAGAAUGCCGCUACCUGGUGUCCAUCAGCUACGACCGCGGGCUCGGCAACCGGAUGCUGGCCACGGCGUCGGCGUUCCUCUACGCGGUGCUCACGGGCCGGACACUGCUCGUGCACCAGUACAAGCACGACGUGGGCGCGCUCUUCUGCGAGCCAUUCCCCGGCACCACGUGGCUGCUCCCCUCGCCCAGCGGCUGGCCAUGGCCAUGGGGUGGUUCUUCUAGUUUCCCGCUUGGGAACCUCCGGGAUGACUACGACGGCAGCUCCAGCUCCAGCCUCGGGAACCUGCUCAAGCACAACGUCAUCUCCGUGUCCGGGCCCCAGGGCCAGGGCAACAACGCCACGUGGGCCGACAGCGAGCAGCGGCCGCCUUACGUGUACCUCCACCUGGAGGGCGGCUUCGACUUCUUCGACAAGCUCUUCUUCUGCGACGAGCACCAGCGGCUCCUCCACGGCGCGCCGUGGCUGCUCAUGAAGACGGACAGCUACCUCGUGCCGGGGCUCUUCCUGCUGCCUUGUUUCCGUGGCGAGCUCGAGAGGAUGUUCCCGGAGAAGGACGCCGCGUUCCACCACAUCGGGAGGUACCUCUUCCACCCGGUGAACGACGUCUGGAGCGCCGUGAAAGGCUACUACGGCGCCAACCUUGCCGGCGCCGGGCACCGGGUCGGGAUACAGAUCCGGGUGUUCCAGAAGGGGAAGGCGCCGGUGCAGCGCCUCCUGGACCAGGUCCUCUCGUGUGUCCGCAGGGAGAAGCUUCUACCUCUACCGGAUCAUGAUGAUGAUCAGAGCCAGAUCACUUCCUCCUCGUCGUCGUCGGACAAGGACAAGGCUGUGCUGGUGACUUCGCUGAGCUCGUGGUACUACGAGAGGAUCAGGGAGGAGUACAGCAAGGUGGCCGGCGGCGGGGUGCACCAGCCGAGCCACGAGGGGCGGCAGAAGUCGGGGGACACCACGCACGACGCCAGGGCGCUCAGCGAGAUGUACCUGCUCAGCAUGUGCGACGUGCUCGUCACCACGGGGUUCUCGACGUUCGGGUACGUCGCGCAGGGGAUCGGCGGGAUCCGGCCGUGGAUCAUGCCCACGCCGGACCCGUGGAACAUGCCCACGCCGGAGAAGGAGGAGGCGCCGGUUGACCGUCCCUGUGUGCGAGCGUCGUCCGUCGAGCCCUGCUUCCACUCGCCGUCCUACUACGACUGCAAGGCCAGGAGAGACGUGGAUCUGACCAAAGUGCUGCCGUACGUGCGGCGAUGCGAGGAUGUCAGCUGGGGGAUCAAGAUUGCCAACGGAAGCAGCAGCCACUGGUAAACUUGCUCUUGCAGCUUGCAAGGCCGGCCAACGUAUUUCGUUUGGUUUCUCUCAUAGGAAAGACCCUCAUCACAGGUUGUAGCUAGCUCUAGAUGCAGAUUGUUACAAAUAAGACAUGCCAAAAGGCACGCGCAAGUUCAGUGGAGGGAGAGGAUAAACAAUUUGCAGUGUACAAUGUAACGAGACUAGAGAUAACAAAUUUAGAGUUCUUUUUUUUUCUCCA